AUGGAUGAUUUCAUAUUUCCGGAAGAGAUCGAUGAAGAAAACAUCGAUGCUAUGGAUUUGGACGCCAGCGAAAGUGGAGUAACGAUUUCUGGAGGAGAUAACCGGGAAUCAAGGCCAAAAUCAGGGAACAUCCUUUCCGUUGGUUGUUGCGCUCAAGCUAUGAAUGACACAUUACAAAAGUAUGAAGAAGUCAAGAAGCGCAUUGCUGAAGUGGAUCAGUUGGCUAUGCAGGAAAAUAACUUCACCAUUUUAGUAGACGGUGCAAUGACCGGCCAAAAUGCAAUAAAUAUUGUCAAGUCAUUUAAUGAAACAGUAGCUGUAACUGGUACUAUUCUCACCUGUAUUGAUGAUGAUGCAUUGCGGUGGUGCUGCUUUUUUUAUGCAAAUGACGACUAA